ACCACAGCAGAGGAGUUUGUAAGUCAUCUGAAAAGUCCAGAUCGCCCCCCCUCCCAUCCAACUCGCGGAUCUCCCACGCAGCUUGUGUGGGGUCAGCCUUGGAGUGGAUCUACCUUGUGGAAAUUACGUGUACUGUAGAUAAAGAAUCUGGAUCUGCCCUUUGUGGGCCACCUUCACUCAUCACUCUCCUGCGCUUCGCAUGGUAAAUUGACUCAGCCCGAGACAGGUUUGCUUUCUGUUGCAAUCCACGUUUCGUGUGGCUGAGCUGCACUUGUCGUGGGAGCCAGCAGGCAGAGACAGCGAGGACGAGCCCCGGGACAGCUGUACCGGUUCGGCCGGACUAUAGACCCCAACAGGACAUCCCUUUGCCCCGCUCAGCCAGCUCUCCUCCUCCUCCUGCUGCUGCUGGACAGAGAAGGACUUUACCGGCUUCAAUCACCGAUACAACACUUCUGAUCACCCGGUGGAACCCCUCGAUUAAACCCGAGACAGCUUGAGACAGACACCCGCUGAAGAAUGGUCACCCGGACCCUCACUGCUGUGGAAUAGAGGUCAUCGGGCUAGUAAUGCCAACAUGACGCCCCCCAUGAAUGGAAUGUGGUGUAAACACUGGAAAAGGAAGAUGUCGCAUUUUCUGUAUUUUAUAGCUGUGUACUUUGCUUGUGUUCAGCAUACUGUUUUAUGUUGUUCAAACUGCAAGUUAAUGCUGACAGCACCCUCUGGAUACUUCACCUCUCCUUGCUACCCUCAAUUGUACUCAAAUAGUCAGGACUGCAGAUGGACUUUACGUGCUGCCCCUGGAUUUAUCAUCCAAGUGACUUUUGUGGAUUUCGAUAUUGAAGAGGCUCAGAACUGCAUGUAUGACUCACUGUCAAUAAACAAUGGGGAAACCACGUCAAAAUUUUGUGGAGUCACAGCAAACGGCCUCUCGUUCAACUCAACUGGGAAUGAAAUGAUCAUAACUUUUGUAAGUGACUUUAGUAUCCAAAGAAAAGGAUUCAAUGCAACGUAUAGUCAUGUGGCAGUAUCGCUAAGAAAUCAAAAAGUCAUUCUACCGCAAAACCAAAAUUCCAGUGUUUCUGUUUCAAACAAAGUGACUGUGCCCAAUCUAAGCCAAUUAACUGUAUGCUUUGAGGCGACAAAAACCAGUAACAGCACAGACGACUGGAAAGCAUUCUCCUACUGGAUGUCCUCAACAGACUAUUUUAGUUUUGGGAAGUCAACAAGUGGACAUUUUAUUUUGAUUUCAGGCGUGCAGUGCAUGCUUGAUUCAAUUUUACCUCUACUUCCAAACGGGGAGUUUUUGAAAGAGAGAUUUCAACAGCUGUGUAUUGUCUGGAAUAGCCUCUCUGAUGAACUUGGCGUGAGUGUCAAAAACAGAUAUCAGAGUAUCCCUUGCCCGCAAUUAAAGGGCCUAACUAUUCCAGGUGAAGGAAAAUUUAUAUUAGGAUCGUAUGACAAUAUUGGGCCACUUCAAGGAGAUAUAUAUAAUUUUCGUCUUUGGGACAACGCAAUGGACUCCGUGGCACUCUCAAACCUCAGCUGCGAUGUGAAAGGGAACAUAAUAAACUGGGAAAAUGAUUAUUGGCGCAUCCCUUCAUCCGCAAGAAAAGCUGAAAGCAGCCUCAGUUGUGGUACCUCUCUGCCGGUCACACCCUCUACAGAACCAACUACCUGUGAGAAGCUGGCAGGCGUUUGUCAAGCUACAGUAACAUCUACUAUAAUUCCUUCAUCAACCAUUGUCAUCACUAACACGCCUGACAUUCAUACUACCAGUGUCUCAUAUGUUUCAUUGUCUCUUUUACCAGCACAUGUAACCUCUUCUUUACCGUCUAUCUUGGGCCCUUUUAAUACGACUGAUAAUAUUACCACCUAUAUUCCUAUAUCUGCUACUGUAGCUUCGCCACCUACCAUGAUAACCACUAACAUGAAUGAUACUAACAGCACCGAUAUCCCCAAACGUGCUGGGACAUUUUAUAGGAUUUCUAUUACAGUUGUUAACAUCAAUCCUAAAGACCAAUCAAGUGUGCAAAGUUUAGUGUAUACUUGGUUGAAUUUGACAUUCCAGAACUGGAGCUACACAGUUUACGUAGUAAAUAUAAGCAUACAGCAGACUAAUGAGAGAAAUGCACGAGAUGCAAAAGAUCUCAGCCAGAAAAGCAUGACGCAGAGUAUGAAAAGGCAUGUCCGAGAUGUAAACCAGCUCAGUGAUAAAAGUAUUCAGCAGAACCAAGGAAGAUAUGCCAGGGCUGUGACUGCCAGUAAUCAAAGCUUCGAUGUAUGGGCACUUUUGGUGUAUAACAACACCAAUAAUGUCGUCUUACCAAAAGACACAAUUUAUCAAAAACUGCUUCAGCAUAAUAAUUCCAUAGAUAAGGACCUGAGACUAGAAUCUGUUGUUGUUUCCCCAGUUGAAUUAUGCGAAGCAGAGCAAAACCCAGAUUCCUAUAACUGGCCAGCAACUAAGCCAACAGUGCUUCAAACCAUACAGUGCCCAAACAACAAAGGACAACUAGCCUCAAGGAUGUGCUUUUUAGAUUCGCAAAACUUCACUUCUCACUGGGGAUCUCCCAAUUUGAUAAACUGCACUGAUGCAGAAAAUGCUGAAGACUUAGCAAACCAGCUGCUCAAUAUGACUGGUGGUGGAAAGACGUUGACGCAAGAGAAAGUUGAUGAUGUUGUCCAGACACUAGAAAAAAUAGUCAAUGAUGCAGAUAUCAAUACUGCUUUGGGGUCAACUGUCAUAAAUGUAUUUUCCAAUAUCUUGAACAGCUCGGACGCUGUUUUAGCAAAAUCCUCUUCUAAAGCCUUAAGAACAAUUGAAGCAUUGGCUCUUAAGAUUCAGUUUACUGGACCAUCUUUUAGUAUUGUUUCAAAUAACCUGGCUCUUGGGGUGUCUAAGAUAAACAAAACCUCUUACCAUGGCUCAUCCUUCAGCAUGGGUUCCCAUAGCAACAGUUCUGAUUUUGAGAUUGACAUGGAAGACAAUCAAGCCAAUAUGCUGGCGUCUGUUAUAUUGCCUUCCAACCUACUUUCAGGUUUAAGCGCCAGUGACUUCUACACAGUAUCAAGAGCUCAGUUUACCUUCUUCAACAAAUCAGGUCUUUUUCAGGAUGCAGAGUUGAUUAGUUCAAGUCGCACGAUUCUUGGUAGCUACGUUGUGGCAUGCAGUAUUGGAAAUCUUACGAUUAGUAACCUCACAGACCCGGUCAAGAUUACAGUAAAGCACAAAAUAUUCAAGGAAAAUUCAAAACCAAAAUGCGUUUUCUGGGAUACACAUAAGAAUUAUGGCAAUGGUGGCUGGAGCCAGUCAGGCUGCACAGUACUGAGCAAUGAAUCCAAUGCUAAUGAGACAGUUUGCCUGUGCAAUCACCUCACCCAUUUUGGUAUACUAAUGGACCUCCAGAGAGGUGAAAUUGACCAGGAAAAUAACAAAAUCCUUACAUUUAUAACAUAUAUUGGCUGUGGGAUAUCAGCCAUUUGUACUGCAGCAACACUUCUAACAUAUAUCGCAUUUGAGAAAAUACGACGUGACUACCCUUCAAAAAUAUUAAUGAACCUGAGCACUGCAUUGCUCUUCCUCAAUCUUUUCUUUCUCCUGGAUGGUUGGCUUGCAUCAUUCGAGAUUAAUGAGCUCUGCAUUACCGUAGCUGUCUUACUUCAUUUUUUCUUGUUAGCCACAUUCACAUGGAUGGGGUUGGAAGCUGUGCAUAUGUAUAUUGCACUAGUUAAAGUCUUCAAUACAUACAUCAGGAGAUACAUUUUGAAAUUCUGCAUUAUUGGUUGGGGUUUACCGGCUGUGGUGGUUGCUGUUGUACUUGCGAGUACUCAUAGCAAGAGCGCUUAUGGAAGCAGCAUGUAUGGGAAAAAUGACGGUUACGGAGGGGAUCCUUUCUGCUGGAUCACAAACAACAUCGUUUUCUAUGUGACUUGUGUUGGUUACUUCGUAAUUAUGUUCCUGAUGAACAUAGCCAUGUUCAUUGUGGUGAUGAUCCAGAUCUGUGGAAGGAAUGGAAAGAGGACCAAUCGUAGCAUUCGGGAAGAGAUCUUACGGAACCUGCGCAGCGUCGUCAGCCUAACGUUCCUUCUGGGAAUGACCUGGGGUUUUGCUUUCUUUGCCUGGGGUUCCCUGACUAUCACAUUCAUGUACUUGUUUACUAUUUUCAACUCGCUGCAAGGUUUAUUUAUAUUUGUUUUCCACUGUGCAUUAAAAGAAAAUGUCCAAAAGCAAUGGAGACGUUAUCUCUGCUGUGGUAAACUCAGACUCCCUGAUAAUUCAGACUGGAGCAAAACGGCAACUAACAACACAAAGAAGGUCAGCUCAGAUAAUCUGGGGAAAUCCCUUUCCUCCAGUUCAAUAGGCUCGAACUCUACUUACUGGACGUCUAAAUCAAAAUCUAGCUCAAACCCUUUCUUUAAAAGAAACAGCAGCACAGGUUAUAUUUUUGGACAGAGGCCUUCUGUCAAGUUUGCACCGGUGGAUGGUGAACAGACUUCAAUUCUUCAAGUUCAUCAUGUUAUUGACAAAGUCAAAGGAUAUUGCCAUUCCCACUCUGACAACUUCUAUAAAAAUAUCAUCUUGUCAGAUUCUUUUAGCCAUAGCACCAAAUUUUAGGUCCAAGUGAAAACCACAAUAAUCUAUGGCAUGAAGAUACGCUUGGCCUCACACAAAUGGAAA